AUGGCGCAAUGCCAACUCCAAGAAGAGACACCCACGCCAGCAACCCCUUUGGUCAACUUCGUCUCUGUUGGGCCUGUGGAGCAGCCGGUCAUCUAUCCAAAACGUGUCCUGGGAAGACACCGGAACUGCAAUCGGAAAAAUACAACGGCCUAUGAAAGCACUGACACAAGAGCCAAAGUAGCCAAAAAAAAAAAAGGUCCUGGAGAAUGGACGCAAGUAUUGAAGAAGGGAAGAAAAGUUGCAUCCUCCUCAUAUCAGCAGGACGUACCAAAGGAGAUAAAGAAACCCAAAGAGCCUCUGCAAGAGCAGAAACGGGACCAGCAUCAGCAGCAACAAAAGGGCGAACAGAAGAAGUCCCAAUUGGAGCAGGAGUGUCAGCAAGGGCAGAAGAAGGAAAAGUCACAGGAGAUGCAGCAUAAGGACCCUCAACUGGAGCAGGAACACGAAGUCGAAAUGGAUGAGAUGCCCCCACUGCGGUCUGCCUCUUUCAGAAGGCCUUGGACAAAACCAAGUCCAACUCCGUCCCUGCUUCCCCAGUCAAAAAAUUGGAAAAACAAAAUAAGGAGCCUUUCUAUUAGGGCUCAACUUUCCCGACUUCCCAAAAACUCCACCAUCCCAAAUCCUCCCCCUGUUCCGAACACGCCUCCUUCCAACACUCCUCCUCCUGACUCUACCCCCACAAACUCCACACCUCCAAGCACUUCCCCCCAAAAAAACGACCAUUUCAUUAUUGCAAAUUCUUCGUGCGAAACACAUUUUGAGCAUUUUGAAUUAGCGUUUUUACUAAUUAAAAAAAACUGA